AUGGCUAACAACGUGACCGCUACAAAAGAGGCUACCAAGCGUACAUUCACCUGCAGUUUCUUUCGUGAGGAUAUGACACAUCUGAUUCAGUUGAGCACUUUAGUUACUGGGCAUAACUUGGAUGAGUUCAGGAAGACAUAUGGCCAUAUCUUACACAUGUUAACUUCUCGGGUUGAUGGAUGGGCUCUAUACACACUUCUUCAGUUCUACGAUUCUGAGUUACGAUGUUUCACCUUUCUUGAUUACCAACUGGCACCAACCCUUGAAGAAUAUGCUGACAUCCUCAAGAUUAAGCCUAAUGGUGGAACCCACGGAUUCCAUGUGAAAUUUCUGAUAAAGAAGGCCGACACCCUUGCUGUUGAGAAGAAAUGGAAAGAAUUCAACGCUCUCCUAGCCGUUAUGAUCUAUGGUUUGGUGUUGUUCCCGAAUAUUCCAAAUUUCGUCGAUCUAACUGCUGUUUGUCUCUUCAUGGAUCAAAAUCCUGUGCCCACUCUUUUAGCAGAUACUUAUUAUACCAUCCACUCCAGGUAUGGGAAGAAAGGAUCAGUUGGGAGUUGUUUACCGUUGCUAUAUGAGUGGUUCACUUCACAUUUACCUAAAAGCGGGCCGUUUGUUACAACAAAAGACUCACAAAAAUGGCCUCAAAGGAUCAUGGGGCUUACUGGAAACGACAUUGUCUGGUGUCCUACCGGAAUGGACGUUGAGGAAUUGGGUUUUGCACUUGAAAACAAGCCCUUGGACAAAGAGAUAUUCAAAUCCGUUUGCUUUGAGAAAGGAACCGAUCCAAAGGGUCUAGAAAAGGUGAGGAGUGCCUGGAAUAGCAUCCAUACAGAUGAUCAGACUUCUCUAGGUGAAAAGAAUGCCGUUGCCAAACAAGCCUACACGGAUUGGGUUGAGGAUAGAGUUAAAGAUCGUCUGUUGCCUUUCCCGAAGGUUAAUCCAUUGUACAAGCAACCACCUAAGGUUCCAAUUGCCAUUAUGCCUGCUGAGAAUUGCAUCCCAGUAAAUAUGGAAAGCACCCAAUUGCACGAAAAGAAGUCAGAUGCGCGACCAAAACAUCAUCUUGUGGACCAAAUAGGGGUUGAGUUGACACAUGAAGCCAAGGUGCUGAAAGAAGGAUCUUUGAGAGUUCAAAAGAGGGCUAGAACGGAAAAGGGUGAAAGGGAUACUACUGUUGUUGUUGAAGAUCACCAGGAAAUCAUAAAAAGGGCCGUAAAAGAGGCAGAAGAGAGACUCAAACAAGAGUACAGAGAAGACUUGAAGGCUUAUAAACUCAAGAUAGAAAGGGAGGCCAGAGCUGAAGUGAGGAGUCUGAAAAAGAAACUGGAAGAAGAGACCACCCAAAGGAUAGCGGUUGAGACUCAGCUGAAAGGAAGUCACCUCCGCACCGCCCGACUAACAGAAGAAAACGCCAAGCUCAGAGAUCGAAUGAUGGGUAUGGAGGACCUUCAAGCACAACCUGAGACAAUGCAGAAAGUGAACAAAAUUGUAAGGAAAAAACUUCCUUUGACUCCUGAAAUUGAGCUUACUCUAGAAACCAAAUUUUCAGCUUUAGGGGCUAAUUCCCUUAACACGCUUAUUCAAUAUGUCUAA